AUGUCUGACGGCACGUUGUCCAUCAAAGACUCCCGCACGGGAAGGGACUAUGAGAUCCCCAUUCGCGACAAUGCCAUUCUAGCCACAUCCCUGAAGCAGAUUAAAGGACCGGCUGAGACGGCCAAUCCUGCUGAUAAGGUUGCCGGAGGUUUGCGAUGCUACGACCCGGGCCUAAAAAACACUGCGCCAAUCAAAUCAAGUCUGACAUGGAUUGAUGGCGAGAAGGGCGUUUUGCUUUUUCAGGGUUACUCCAUUGAGCAGUUGUGGGACUGUGACUUCGAGGAUAUCUUGCAUCUGAUGCUCAGGGGGGACCUUCCCUCACUUUCUCAGAGGGAGGGUUUUCGCCAACGAAUCGCCAACGCCAUGCGGGAUAUCCCUCAGAGCGUGGUGGAUGUUGUCCGGUCUUUCCCACGCUCUUCUCCAAUGAUGCCUGUUGUCAUGGCGGGUCUGUCCUGCUAUGUCGGCAACCAACCGGACUCCAUCCCUGCAAAUCGAGGCGGCAACAUCUAUCAUGGUAAUGGAAAUCAAGUGGAUGCUGGCAUCAUUCGCACGGUGGCUGCCUUCGCAGUCGUGGUGGGCCUGGCGGCCAGCCAUCUCAAGGGCACAUCUUUUUGUCUGCCUUCCAGGGAUCGCACUUUCUAUGAGAACCUCUUCGUGAUGAUGGGCCACGUCGACCCAAGCACUGGCGAGCCCAACCACACGCAGUUGUCCUGCUUUCGGCACUUUGGCGCCCUUAGUGUCGACCAUGGUCUCAGCAACUCAACUCUAACCCUCCUAGUGACAGCGUCUACUCUCCCGGACCCCACCUCGGCCCUCAUCAGUGCGCUAGCGUCUGCAUAUGGUCCACUGCAUUUCGGGGCGUCCGAAUCUGCCUUCCGCGUCAUGACUGAACUCGGAAGCCCGGACCGCGUGCCCGCUCUGAUCAAGGAGGUGAAGCAGGGGAAGCGGCGACUCUUUGGCUACGGGCAUCGGAGCUACAAGACUGUCGACCCACGAAUUCGUCCCAUCCAGAAGCUACUGCAAAUGCUGGACGCACAAUCGAAUCCACUGUUCGCAGUGGCCCAGGAAAUCGACCGAGUUGCCUCGCAAGAUGAAUAUUUUGUGUCGCGCGGCUUGAAGGCGAAUGCAGAUCUGUACGGACAAUUCUUCUAUACGGCCAUGGGCUGGCCGCCGUCCUUUAUCCCACUCAUGAUGAUCAUCCAUCGUCUACCUGGGUUGAUGGGCCACUGGCGUAACGCCAUGUUGUCCGAGAUUAUGGUCUAUCGGCCGCCCCAUCUUUAUGUUGGUCCUGUUGAAAAGCGGGCCCCCUUGUCAGCUAAGCUUUGA